UGUGCGCAGUUUAUUUUGGUUAAGAUGUGGGCCCACUGCGAAAAAUAAACAUGGUUUUGGCACAAUUUUAAAGUCAAUUUUGUUACUUUUGAGAAAAAUUAAUAUGAAAGUUUAAAAAUUAACAAUUUACGAUUUUAUUCAGGAUAACAAAGUCACUGUUUUGUUAUUAAUAACUCUUUAAAUAAUUUGUUUUCAAUUUUAACUUAAGCAAGCUUUUGUAAAUUUUCAAAUGGCAACUCUGGCAUAUCGAAAGUUCCCUGAGUGACACUGGCGUCGCAAUGUCUAGCCAUGUAUAAAUCGAACACGACUCAGAUUAUUGAAUCUAGUACAGUUACUAUAAUAUACAGUUCUAGAUGUGUCGGUGAAGAGUUAUAACUAAUGUGAUUGUCCGAAGCUGAGGAAAAACUACCCUGACAUCACAGUUUUGAAGUAGAUGCCAACAUGGCAACUCAGGCUCCCACAUCAGCAGAUGCUUGUCUUAGCAUUGUGCACAGCCUGAUGUGCCAUCGCCAGGGUGGGGAAAGUGAAAGUUUUGCUAAAAGAGCCAUUGAGAGUUUGGUGAAAAAGUUGAAAGAAAAAAGGGAUGAACUAGACAGUCUGAUUACUGCAAUAACAACCAAUGGUGCCCAUCCGUCUAAAUGUGUUACUAUACAGAGAACACUAGAUGGCAGAUUGCAGGUUGCUGGCCGCAAAGGUUUCCCUCAUGUCAUAUAUGCCAGGAUCUGGCGUUGGCCAGACCUUCACAAGAAUGAACUAAAGCAUGUGAAGUUUUGCCAGUUUGCAUUUGACCUGAAACAGGACAGUGUUUGUAUCAACCCGUACCAUUACGAGAGGGUCGUCUCACCUGGAAUAGACUUGUCUGGCUUAUCCUUGCACCAUGCAGUGCCACAUAUCCCCUGCCCAGGCCCUCCAGCAAGGCUUGUCAAGGAUGAGUAUAGUAGCAGUGCCUCCAUGUCAAUUUCAGAGCACGCGCAACUGGGAGGGGACACACAGACAGUCCAGCACCCACCAGCUGACUCGUUUCUCCACAUGCCAGGCUCCAGGCCUGCCACCUCCACAGCCCUCUCCCACCCCCUCCCUUCACCCUCCUCCUCGACCUCCAGCAUUUCAGUCGUGACCUCCCCUCAGCAACAGAUUCCCUCCGUCGGCGUUGUAGGCGGGAGCCCUAUGGGGGCCCCGCUUGGCCGCUCGGAGAGUGGCGGAUCACUCUCUCACUCUCACCACCCGCUUAACUCCCCCGCCAAUCAGCCGCUGUCUCCAGCCCAACAGGCCCUGCCCAGGCUAGACUUGUCUCGCCAAAGUACCAGUGGCAUGAACUCACACCCUAGUCCCAUGGGGGUGGGGGUGCCGACUCCCCCCACUCAUCCACCUCAGGUUGUUCGAAGUAACAGUCAAGGUCACGGCCAUGCCAGCAUGCCGGCAGACUCCUAUUCUCGACCUGUACAUAACCAGGCUAACCUACGGCACUACCCGCAAGCUUCAGCAGGUCCUUGGGCAGAGAGCACGACGCCUCCGUAUUCACAAGCUAUGUCUUACUGGAACAACGGUCAGAUGCAAGCAGAUAUGGCCUCUAUGGCACCCCUCACAAACCAACCUCCCCCUGAGUACUGGUGCACCCAGACAUACUUUGAGCUUGACCAGCAAGUGGGUGAGACGUUCAAAGUCCCCUACAGUGUGAAGACUGUGACAGUGGAUGGGUACACUGACCCGUCCAGUAUAGACCGCUUCUGUCUAGGGCAGCUCUCAAACGUCCACAGGACUGAGGCCAGUGAAAGAGCCAGGUUGCACAUAGGUAAAGGAGUGUCGCUGGACUACCGAGGGGAAGGGGACGUCUGGAUACGCUGCGUGAGUGACCACAGUGUCUUUGUGCAGAGUUUUUACCUGGACAGGGAGGCUGGACGUGCACCUGGCGAUGCGGUCCACAAAAUAUAUCCAACAGCUUAUAUUAAGGUGUUUGAUAUAAGACAGUGCCACAGGCAGAUGCAGGAACAAGCAGCAACAGCACAGGCAGCAGCAGCGGCGCAGGCAGCUGCGGUCGCUGGAAGUAUUGCUGGCUCUUCGGCUGUUGGAGCCAGCCUGUCUGCGGCCGCAGGGAUUGGGGUUGACGACCUCCGCCGGCUCUGCCUGCUGAGACUGAGCUUCGUCAAGGGCUGGGGACCGGACUACCCCCGCAAGAGCAUCAAGGAGACCCCCUGCUGGAUUGAGAUCCAGCUCCACAGACCCCUCCAGCUGCUGGACGAGGUGCUCCAGGCCAUGCCUAACAAUGACUACAAGCCUGGGCUUUCCUUCUUCUUACCCUAGCUGCCUGGCAACCUCGUGGUGCUGGUGUAUCUUCAGACAUGACUUCUUUAUCUGGGCGUGUUG